AUGGAGGCAGCAGUGGAGGAUUUGAACGUGCUGGCUCCUGCGGAGGGUGCUGAUCUUUUUGAGUUCUCGGAAAAUGUGGCAAUCACCGCUCUAAACUUCCUAUGUGUGCUUAUUGUGAGGGCUGACAAGGGCACGCGAGACAUUGGCGAACAACACAUGAAAGAAAUUAUCGCGGAUGGUAUCGGGGCUGUGCGUCGUGCGUUGGAAGAGGUUUCCCGACACCUGCCACAGGACGAGUACACCCGGAGGGAAUACGCACAGCGCUUUCUGGAAGCCAGUCGGGAAGGAGGUCGUGCACAGCCAUCCGAAAGGCGAGGGCAAGGACACAUGGCUCUUCUUUUCGAUGCCACGACCAGCACCACCCCGGAAGGCGGGCGUGAUGAAAGUCAUGAAAGUGUUGUUAAUAGUAUAGAGGGGCAAGUGUCCCCUCACCAGAUGCGGCGUGUGGGCGACGAGUUCGGUGCGCUACAGCUUCCUUACACGGAACAGGAUAUCGUGAGCGCUCUUGGCUGGGUGCGAACAAUGAUAUCUGAUGUGCAGAACGUGCUGCUGGAGUUUGAUGACAGCGAUUUGGAGGAGCUAGCUCAGAUGACCCUCAUCUCUCUCCGAAUACUGGUCGGCUACGCCAAGAGCACCCACAGGAGCCUAGCCCAGCUAUGCCGCGUGCCCUUCCAACCCCGCCGAGAGCGCGCAAGAAUGGCAGUUCACGCCGACCCUAACAACAACAACAACAACGCCUCCGCCGAAGCAAACCCUGCGGCGGCACGUGUCGGUGAGCUGUUCCAGGUAGACGAGGACGAGGACGAGGAUGACGGCCAUGAGGGUGGGGGCUUGCCUUGGGACCCCCUCGCCCCCAGGCUGUUGCAGGAGGCCCGGCGGUUGGCGGAGGAAGGGAAAGAGCGGCCCUUCACGGCGGCGGUGGUGUUGGCGGCCGCGUUGCCGUUCUCCGGGGCGGCCGUGUUCUUGGGGGCGCCGGUGUUGGCCGGAGACGCGGCGCUGCAGUGGGGGGCUGCCACGCCCGUGGGGAGGACGGUGGGGCAUGGGACCAAGAAUGCUGUGGAGCUCGGCAAGCUCGGCUGGGUAGCGAGCAAGUUAGCCACAAAGCAGACGCUGAGACUGGCGAGCCAGGAGCUGGACCGAGCGGGGGGAGUGACGGGUCUGGCUUGUCGGGCAGGAGAGGGCGCUCUUUGGACGGCGAGACAUCCGGUAGAGGCCGCCAUGGCUACGGUAGGCAUGGCCGCUGACGCGGCAAGCGCGGCGUACGAACAAGCGGUGUGGAUGGGCGAUUUGCUCGCAACAGUUCGGGAGGAAGUGUUCUCUCGACCCGCGGAACCUGAGGACGGUUGCAGAUAA